AUGGGAGAGGAGUCGCCGCCCACCUCAGCGCGGAGCAUGGCAGCCGCCCUGCCAGUGGCUGACCCCGUCCUCUCUGCCUUCCGCCGCCUCUUCUGCCGCCUCCUGCCCCCCACUGCUGCUCCACCAUACUCGUUCUCUCGCCAUGAGGGCUUCUCAUCGGCCUGCCAGGCAGCGCUGCUCAUGGCGCAAACAGCGGAGCAGCCGGAGCUGCUGGAGGUCCUCCUCUCUCUCGCCACCACCUGCCAUGCUGUGCGCUCGCUGCCUCGCUCGCACGCCACCUGUGGCUCCGCACUGUCCUGCCUCGUCUCCUCCUUCCAGGUGACCUCCUCCUGCCUCUCACCCGCCACAUCAUCUCCCUCCACACAGCAUUGCAAAGCCGAGGGUCAAGGGGCGACUUGUGGUAUCGCUGGCACAUCAGUCACCCUGAGCAGGAGCGCCACUGGGAUUGGACCAAAGGCACCGUAA